AAUGGGAACUAGAGUAGUUGCAGUCUAGCAGACUACAAUUUUUUUGACAGGUGUUUACAUCGAUCCUACGUAGAAACGUUAGUCUAACUGAGCUAGCCACAUGAAAUGACUCAUGAUUCAGGCCACCUUUAUCGAUGCUAAAUCGUAAAACUGACUCAUUGUAAAAGAUUACUUUUAUGAUUGUUGUAGAAAGUUUGGGAAGUGUAUUUUUUUUACCCCAGUUUUGAACAGCGCACUCGUCAGCAUGAGUGGAACAAUCGGUAUUACACAUCGUGCUUCAGAAAAUCACCAGAAAGAUGGGCUGAUUGACUUCCCAGUUUACAGGGAGUGGGUUCCUCUUUUUCAGUUAAUUGAGAAGAUACCCCCCAGGUUCCAUCAAGGUUUUGUGUCUAAAGACCUCAUUCUGACUUGUGUUACCGUCAGUUGUGAUUCCAUAGUGCUGGGCUCGAAUGCUGGGGUUCUGUUUUGGUUCAGUCGUAAUAAUCAUAAUGUAAAUAGAAAAAGUGUGGAUGACAAAUUCAUUCCUGUUACAGCCUUAGCCAUCACACUUUGCCAUUAUGGAGAAAUUUUGGCUGUUGGCAAUUUCGGAGGAACAGUUGCCAUAUUUUCUACAAGUGUUAUGCAAUCAGGCCCUAUCACAAUGUUCAAUGGUGAACACAAAUCCGCUAUUACUUCUCUUUGCUGGGAUGGAAGUGGAGCACACCUUUUGUCUGGGGAUGAACAAGGUGUGGUUUUCCUCAGCAAAUUCGAGCACAACAUCAUUCGUCCGGUCAAACAAGUUUUGCUCGAAAAAUCGUCCAUCGUUCAACUUCGAUUCCACCCGCUGGAAAACAAUAUCGUCUUGGUUUCCUCUCUGAAAAGGACUUUGGUUGCUGAGAUCAGUACUUCCGAGACGGAAAGGAACCAAGUGGGCCAACAAGAGCGUAAAAAUCCAGCACCGUUCGGAGCUGACUUUGGCUACGUUGGAAAGGAAACGGUUAUUUACAGCUCUCGCCCGGGAACUCGACUGUGGUUGUCUGACUGCCAGGGAUCUGUCCGUCAGACAUUGAUAUUCAAAGAGUCUCUCUCCAAACCGCGUUCGAAACUGAUUUUAUUGUCCAUUCACGAAGAAUAUCGCAACGGCGAGGACGUCCACUUCGGUCCGGUUCAUUGUCUCAGCAAUGGUUUUGUUUUAACACACAGUCCUUCGAGCCUUUUCAUUUUAGACACGGGUCAAAUGGGUGACGCCUCGGGGCAAGUGUCUAUCUUUUGUUCUAGUCGUUUCAACUCCAAAACUCUCCGACACGUCACCAUUUUCCACAACGAAAUCUUCCUGUUGCUGGAAAACCGCAUUUUGAUUCGCAUUUCUGACCGGCCCGACCAAUCCUUCACGGGUUCACCAUCGUCUGCCACCAUUGACCGGUCUCUACUCUCCGGCUGGAGAGACAAAUUGCCAUUAGCCAAGCCAACCUUCCAUUCUACCAUUUCCAAAUUGGCCAACAAAAUUUCUGACGUCGAAAUCAAGCAACUGCCCGUCACGUCGUUAAACACGGGCCCCUACAUCAUAGAGUCGCUGUCCAAUGCUUUUGCUCCACUCUUCUCUGAAAUGAAAUCUGUGCCAGUCAACAGAUGCGCACCCCCGAAACCCAUCCAGCCACAUUUCUAUCCCCGCACCCGGACGCCCAGUCCGACGUCAUCAGUAGAACAAUCCUCGCCAAUGACACCGAUGGAUGGGAUGACUCGUUCAGAAUCCAAUCAACUUGAAUCUCCACUUUCAAACGGUUCGUCUGGGCAAGCUUCACCGAUGGAAGGAUCGUUUUGUCCUGGCGAGGAAGAGUUGGUCUACGGCUCUUACAUCGGUCGCAAACGUAAACUGAAGCUCAAUCGAAAAUGUAACGUUCACGAUGAAUCGUUGAUGUCGCCGGAAUUAUCGGAAUCCACGAUCGAGAAUAGGAUCGAUCCUUUGCUGGAGAACGCCUCUUCUCCCCCGGUGGCAACGGACGAUUUUCUCGAAGAAUUAAAGAGGAAAGACCAACUUCUGGCCGAACUUUUGAAUUUAGAUCAAAUCAUCAACAGCCCAAGUGAACAAGUUCCAACCGAAGAAGAACAAAUUUUAGAGGCAGAAGUUGCGGCCAUUCUCUUAAAUUCAGAGACCAAGGACAUAUCCCCAGUUACGGAAGAUUUUUCAUCCGUUGUCGAAGAGGUUGAAAACGACCCGAAAGAAAAUAUCUACAGUAUCUACGCCAGUGAAGACUCGCAUGACAAAAGUCUCCCUUAUUCGAUUUCAACCCCAACCACCACAGAAUCGACUCCGAAUCACACGGCCGUCUCUAGUGGAGACUAUGAAAAUGUUUCAUCGGAUGAUCUGUCAACGGAAUGGCUUAUAUGUCCGUUGGAUGCCAAACGCAAGGUGACGAGUAUAUCAGCCAGUCGCCAUUACGUCGUCAUCGUCUACGGUCACAAAUCCGUUUAUUACCAAUCGACAGAGUCUUCUUUUCAAUCCAGGGAUUGGUUGCCUAUCGAAACACCCGCCAGUCAGAUUGCAGUUUCCAAUUCUGGUCAGCAACUCUGGCGACUAUAUAAAGGCACAGCUUACCAGGGAUUGAUCGUCAAUCCACACUGCCCCGUUGCUCAGCACUGGACUGUUUUGGACAGCUACAUUUCAUCCAUCGGAAUUGUCCAGCUGGAUACAACCGACGCCAUGGAUGAUUACAUUUGGAUGCUCCAUGCCAACGGAUCGCUUAGUUACCGAUCCGUCAAGUCUCCAAGGAAGAUGGUUCUUGUUGAGGUUCCAGGGACAGUUUCCAAGCUCCGUUGUCACAACGACCUUGUUUUGAUCCUUUUGAGCAACGGAGCUCUCUACAGCAGAUCAAGAGUGAACUACGAGUCACCUAUGGGAGUCGGUUGGCAACGUCAAGAUACUCCCGGAGAAAUCAUAACCAUGGCUAUAAGUCCUGAUCUUUAUCUGUGGGUAUUAAAUCAGUCGGAGCAAAUGUUCUACCGAACUGCCCACGACAAGCGGUGGUGGCAGGUGCCUUCAGUAUUACCAGUCGAAUUGCAGCUCAAGAGCGCUAAUUGGCUCAACGUUUCGUCCAUUUUUAAACGUCAAAGUUCUCGCUUCGAACUCGCCGUGACCGAUUCACGGAUUUGUUUGGCUCUUAUUGGAUCUUCCAUCUUGAUGACUGCUCAAAACUUGUCAGGAUAUGCGUGGGAUAAAAUUGCCUGGAGUGAUGGGCGCUAUUACAACACUAUUGAAUCGUGGCGUAUUUUAAGUACCAAUGGGUUUAACGAUGAAAAGAAAUCGGGCGUCGUUUGGCUAGUGGACGACAAGGAUCGUCUGUAUUGUUUUUACGGCGAGGAACAAUUAGAACAGGUGUCUCUGCCAACGGAUAGCCCCGUCCGGCACCUUUCAGUUGUAGGCAACCAACUUUGGCUAUUGACCGUUUGGGGCGAAAUCUUUGUCCGUGUGAGAAAUUCGAAUCCAGUUGGCAACGGCUGGAUUCAUUUAUCAACUGCUCAGUUCCAGUCCAACAACAAGCUGUGCCACGUAUCGCUAGGUCCCGAAUUGGCUUGGGCCUGUGAUGAACAUGGGCAAAUCUAUUUUCGAUCCGGUGACAACGGACCACCUACCUUUCUGGCUCCCGCCUGGAUCGCGGUAGAUGAACUGGACAUUAAAUUCAAAGAGAUCCACGUAGCUCCUAAUCUGGACGUCUGGGCAUUAGAUAAGAAUGGCCACGUUUACGUCAGAGAAGGUGUAACGCGAGAGCUACCGAUCGGCACUUCAUGGACAAUAGUCCAAGGAAUCCAAGCUACUCAACUCACCGUCAGUGAAAGUGCCGUUUGGGCGUUGACAAACAGUGGCUCCAUUUAUCGCCGAAGUGGCAUCACCCAACAGAAUUAUUGUGGAAAUAAUUGGGACCUGAUUCCCGGCUCAUUUAAAUUUAUUUCUGUUACCAUUGAUGACAAGUUGUGGGUGUUGGACUCUGUUGGUGCGCUUAAACAAUUAUUGACUUCGUCGCCGUUAAGAAGUGAGGAAGGGAAACGUGACGAAAUCCUACAUCUAGACGAAGAUUGGGUCUUACUUUAAUGCCUAAAAAAUUGCCGAGUGACCGUAGAUUGCAAGACAGAUGUAAAGUUAUAUUACAAUAAUUUAUGUCGACUUAUAUAAUAUCACUAAUUAUUUCGCCUUAUAGAAUUUUUAUCGAUAAAAUGACGAUUUUUCAUGUUUCAAUUAUCACAAUGAUUUGACGUAUUUUAAAAUAAAUUCUAGACGUGAUUUCCUACCAAAAAAUACAUUCAAACCAAAAUA